CAGCGCUGUCCAUUGCCGAUGCCGUCGGCGGUCUUCCCGUGUUUGCAGCUGCUACCAAGCCGCCGACCAAGAAAGCAUCUGUGCAAGUGCCUUUGAAGACCAGAAAAACACUUCGCGAGCUGCCACCACCACAGCCCGAGACUGUCGACGACGCCAACCAAGUAGACGCUGGCAAGCGCGACGAAGACGACGAUAUCCUCGACAUGGAGGCGUACCUGGCACCAAAGCCGGUCCUUUCCGCUUGCCCACCACCGUACCCUGGCUCGACCGUCACCGGUGUGCACAUUCGACCGGACGGCUCGGCGCUCGCACGCUGGCCCAAUGGCGCCAUCGCAGCGACCGUCGACCGAGAUGCCGACGGCUCGUCGCGCAUCUACGCGACCUACAAGGACGGAUCGCUUCUGCUCAACUUUGACGGCCACGGUGCGGGCUUCGUCAACUACGCCAACGGGAAGACGAUGUUCUCGACGUCGGCGGCUGGCGACGGCCUCUACCUUAGCGCUGAGAACGGCGGCAUCCUCGCUUCGUGGACCAAGAUGGACGGGACGCAGUGGCGGGACAUUACCACCAAGCUCAGCGAGAACGUCGGCGUCGGGCUCAGUCGUUCGCCACGUGGCGACGACCUACGCAUCGACGUGUACCUCGUGUGCAACGCGCUGCGAGCGCGCGUCACGAACGGCUACAACCUCGCCAUGGCCACCGGCGACGACUGCAGCCACCUCUUUGGCAAGCCACCAUGUGCCAAGAAAAAGAUGACGCGCCCCAAGCUGCCGCAUGCCGACCUUGUCUCGGAGAUCCGCGCAGCGGCCGCCAAGCUAUUCUAG